AUGAAGGACAACAAAGAUACCGCAAUCAAAAAGAUUGCAAAACUGAUCAGCGAUAAACCUAAUUCAAAAGUUGUUUUCUUAGUCGGCGCUGGUAUAUCCACCUCAUGUGGGAUCCCCGAUUUCAGAUCGCCUGGCACAGGUUUAUAUGAUAACUUGGCCAAACUUAACUUACCGUUUGCUGAGGCAGUAUUUGAUAUCGAGUAUUUUGAGCAAAACCCCAAACCUUUUUACACACUUGCCAAAGAACUUUAUCCUGGCAACUACAAGCCCUCAAAGUUCCACCAAUUAAUGAGAGUUUUCCAGGAUAAAGGAAAGUUGCAUAGAGUAUUUACACAAAACAUUGAUACCCUUGAAAGAGCAGCUGGAAUUCAUCCGGAUUUGCUCGUAGAGGCCCACGGCUCCUUCGCACACAACCACUGCAUCAGCUGCAAAAAAGAAUACCCUCAGAAUGUCUUCAAAGACAAGAUGUUAGUCGGUAAAAAUUUCGCUAAUUGCGAGGAAUGCAAAGGUCUCAUAAAGCCACAAAUCGUGUUUUUUGGCGAAAAUCUCCCGCGCAAGUUUUUUUCGACCUGGGAUAAAGAUGUUACAGAACUCGACGACGAAAGCAUUGUUGUUGUCGCUGGGACCUCACUAGCAGUUUAUCCCUUCGCGUCCUUACCAGAAGAAGUGCCGACAACGACCACUCGCGCUCUAAUUAAUUUAGAAAGAGUUGGCGAUUUUAAAACAACUCCCAGGAACAGUGAUGUUUUUUACAAGGGUUCAGCGGACGCAGCGGCUACUGAGCUAGCCAAAGAACUUGGAUGGUUAAGUGAGCUUGAGUUCUUAUCAGGUCUCUUAGAUAAUGACAAAAGUUCUUCAAAGACCGUUGACGAAGGCCAUGAAGAUGAAGCUGCAAAGGUUGACAGUAUAACAAAAGAUUUGGAAAAAUUGGGAUUGAAAGAGAAUAAGUAG